GGGCCCCGGCGCGGGGGGCAGCCCCGAGCGGGACGAAGGCGGAGCCGGCUACAACAGCGAAGACGAGUACGACACGGCGGCGGCCCGAGUGGAGGCCAUGGACCCGGCCACCGUGGAGCAGCAGGAACACUGGUUUGAGAAGGCCCUUCGGGACAAGAAAGGAUUCAUUAUCAAACAGAUGAAGGAGGAUGGGGCCUGCUUGUUCCGGGCAGUGGCCUAUGGCCCUGUCCUGCCCUCCAGUCCCCCAUGGCCCGAGAUCAGAGUCCUCUCUUGGGUACUGGCAGGUGGCUUACCUGCAACAGUUCCUUGGAAAACGGACCAGGUGUAUGGUGACCAGGACAUGCAUGAGGUUGUCCGGAAACAUUGCAUGGAUUAUCUGAUGAAGAAUGCCGACUACUUCUCAAAUUAUGUCACUGAAGACUUCACCACCUACAUCAACCGGAAAAGGAAGAACAACUGUCAUGGGAACCACAUUGAGAUGCAGGCUAUGGCUGAGAUGUACAACCGGCCUGUCGAGGUGUACCAGUACAGCACAGAGCCCAUCAACACGUUUCAUGGCAUUCAGCAGAAUGAGGACGAACCCAUCCGGGUCAGCUACCAUCGCAACGUCCACUACAACUCAGUGGUGAACCCCAACAAGGCCACCAUUGGUGUGGGGCUGGGGCUCCCCUCCUUCAAGCCAGGGUUUGCUGACCAGUCCCUGAUGAAGAAUGCCAUUAAAACAUCAGAGGAAUCCUGGAUUGAGCAGCAGAUGUUGGAAGAUAAGAAGCGUGCCACAGACUGGGAAGCCACCAAUGAGGCCAUCGAGGAGCAGGUAGCCAGAGAGUCUUACUUACAGUGGCUUCGGGACCAGGAGAAGCAAGCUCGGCAGGUCAGGGGCCAAGCACAGGUGAGAUUUAACCCUGUGGGCAUCCACUGCCCUUUCUCCCAGCCCCGAAAAGCCAGUGCCACUUGCAGCUCUGCCACAGCAGCGGCCUCUAGUGGUCUGGAGGAGUGGAGUAGCAGGUCCCCCAGGCAGCGGAGCACCGCCCCCUCCCCUGAGCAGCAGGACCUUCACCCAGAGCUGGGCCCAAAGCCACCCUCGCCAGGCCAUGCCCUCACUCUCGCCAAACCCCCCUCACCCUGCGCACCAGGUCCAAGCAGCCAGUCAGUGACGGGAGGAGACCGAGCCACCUCCCCCCUCGUGUCCCUAUACCCUGCUCUGGAAUGCCGGGCCCUGAUCCAGCAGAUGUCACCUAGCGCCUUUGGUCUAAACGACUGGGACGAUGAUGAAAUCCUGGCUUCCGUCCUGGCCGUCUCCCAACAGGAAUAUUUGGACAGUAUGAAGAAAAACACAGUACACAGAGACCCCCCACCAGACAAGAGUUGAUAACCAGGGACUGGAGCCCCCUGCCUGCCCUCCCCUUUCUUCUGCCUUCCACUGCUCUUCCCUCCCCUGGCCAGGCCCGGACCGGACCGUCCUGGCCUGGCCUUGGGGGAUUCUCACAUUCUGGUUCAGCCUUGGCUGCCCCUUGGAUCACACGCCUCCCUCCACCCCACCCCCACCUCUCACCCCCAGCUCUCUCAAAUCAUGCCCACCUUCUUCCUUGAGCUCCUCUGCACCUAAACUCCAACAUGGAUUCAGUGGCGGAAUGAAUGUGGGCAGGCCCUGAGAAACACCGGAGAACCACAGUGGCCCAUUAGACCACCAUUGUCCCCACAGCCUUUCAGAUACGCCUGUCAAAGGAGGGAAAUUGUGCCCACCAUCUCUGUUGCCCCCUCUCGAGGGGGUGAGUGGUGGGGUGGGGGAAUCCAUAGAACAACCCCCCCCCCCCCAGCCUGAAGGACAUCUGAGUUGUCAGUGUUUGGGUGUCUUUACCCCUUCUCCCUUUAUUAAAAUGUAAUUUUAUCUUCUAAAAAAUUCA